GCCCCGCGGCGGCGGAGCGAGAAUGAUGAAGUCCUCUGUCCACGCAGAAGAAGAUGACUUUGUCCCAGAGCUGCAGAGGAGCAUCCACCCCAGGGAGAGGCCGGACUGGGAGGAGACGCUCAGCGCCAUGGCGCGAGGUGCCGACAUUCCGGACAUCCCGGGGGAGCUGCCGCUCCGCUCCUGCGGCAGCACAGCCAGCAUGAAGGUGAAGAAUGUGAAAAAAUACAUCCCCCCGGGACUGAUGGGCUGUGAUGCCUUUCACAGGUUAUCCUUUACAAAGGGGCACUUCCCGAAGAUGGCUGAGUGUGCACAUUUCCACUAUGAAAACGUGGACUUUGGCAACAUACAGCUCUCGCUCCCAGAGGAACAGAACGAAGUGACGAGGAAUGGCUGUGAGUCCAAGGAGCUGGUGUACCUGGUGCAGAUCUCCUGUCAGGGCAGGAGCUGGAUUGUGAAGAGGAGCUAUGAGGAUUUCCGGGUGCUGGACAAACACCUCCACCUGUGCAUCUACGACCGCCGCUUCUCGCAGCUGGCAGAGCUGCCCCGCUCCGAUGCCCUGAAGGACAGCCCCGAGCUGGUCACCCAGAUGCUGAUGGCUUACCUGGCUCGGCUCUCCAACAUCGCAGGCAACAAGAUCAACUGUGGCCCUGCCCUCACAUGGAUGGAGAUUGAUAACAAGGGGAAUCACCUGCUGGUCCAUGAGGAAUCAUCCAUUAAUGUCCCUGCUAUUGCUGCUGCCCAUGUCAUUAAGAGAUACAUUGCUCAAGCAGCAGAUGAACUGUCCUUUGAGGUGGGGGACAUUGUGUCUGUCAUCGACAUGCCACCAAAGGAGCUGACCUCGUGGUGGAGAGGAAAACAUGGGUUCCAGGUUGGAUUCUUUCCCAGUGAAUGUGUAGAACUCAUCAACGACAAAGUCCCUCAGUCCGUGACCAAUUCGGUGCCAAAACCAGUCUCCCCUGCCCAUGGAGCCCGUCCAGCGUCCUGGAGCUACUUCCCCCCUUAUUUGGAGAUGGAUAGUGUAAAGCCAGGCUCUGCAUUUGUUACCGAGGCUCUGAACCAGUCCCACCUGAGCUCAGUGUCGAAGAAGCACGGGAAGCUCAUCACCUUCCUGCGGACAUUCAUGAAGUCGCGCCCAACGAAACAGAAACUGAAACAGCGGGGGAUCCUCAAGGAAAGGGUGUUUGGCUGUGACCUGGGGGAGCACCUGCUCAACUCUGGCCAUGAUGUGCCCCAGGUCCUCAAGAGCUGCACGGAGUUCAUUGAGAAGCACGGCAUUGUGGAUGGGAUCUACCGGCUCUCCGGGAUCGCCUCCAACAUCCAGAAACUCCGCCACGAGUUUGACUCCGAGCAGAUUCCUGACCUGACCAAGGACGUUUACAUCCAGGACAUCCACUGUGUGGGCUCCCUGUGCAAGCUGUACUUCCGAGAGCUCCCCAACCCCCUGCUCACCUACCAGCUCUACGAGAAGUUCUCUGAUGCUGUUUCUGCUGCUACAGAUGAGGAAAGGCUGGUUAAGAUCCACGAUGUGAUCCAGCAGCUGCCUCCUCCCCACUACAGGACACUGGAGUUCCUAAUGAGACACUUGGCUCGUCUGGCUGAUUAUUGCUCCAUCACAAAUAUGCACACCAAGAACUUGGCCAUUGUGUGGGCUCCAAACCUCCUCAGGUCCAAGCAGAUCGAGUCCGCCUGCUUCAGCGGCACGGCCGCCUUCAUGGAGGUGCGGAUCCAGUCGGUGGUGGUGGAGUUCAUCCUGAACCACGUGGAUGUGCUCUUCAGCUCCAAGCUCAGCUCCGUCAUCCGCGAGGGGGCAGGGCACAGCUCUUUAUCCCGGCCCAAGUCUCUGCUGGUGUCCUCCCCCUCCACGAAGCUGCUCACGCUGGAGGAGGCUCAGGCACGGACACAGGCCCAGAUCAACUCUCCCAUCGUGGCAGACAGCAAGUACAUCGAAGUGGGAGAAGGCCCAGCAGCUUUGCAGGGGAAAUUCCACACAGUCAUUGACUUCCCAUCUGAAAGGAAAAGGCCUCCCAGCAAGAUGAAGAAGUCUCCAGUGGGGAGCUGGCGUUCCUUCUUCAACCUGGGAAAAUCCUCCUCCGUGUCCAAGCGCAAACUGCAGCGCAACCCCAGCGAGCCCUCGGAAAUGAAAGCCAUAGCCCUGGCAGGAGGACGAGGAGACAGCGGGACGCUCCGCUCGGCCAAGAGCGAGGAGUCCCUCACCUCCCUGCAUGCUGUGGAUGGUGAAUCCAAACUGUUCCGGCCCAGAAGGCCCAGGUCCAGCAGCGAUGCCCUGUCUGCCUCCUUCAACGGGGAGCUCCUGGGGAACAUGAACCGCUGCAACUCCUACGACAACCUCCCCCAUGACGACAGCGACGGGGAUGAGGGGCUCAUCCACGUCCCUGCCCUCAUCUCUCCCCGCUCUUCGGAGGACGUGGACCUCAGCCCGCCAGACAUCGGCGUCGCCAGCCUGGACUUCGACCCCAUGUCCUUCCAGUGCAGCCCCCCCCAGGCAGAGUCCGAGUGCCUGGACAGCAGCACCUCCCUGCUGGAGUCCGUGGAUACCAAUAAGGAGAAGCCAAGCCUGCUCAAGAAGGAUUUAGAAUCAGGCAGCCAGUCCCAGACCCCAGGCAGUGCCACAAGCUCUGAGCCAGUGUCCCCUUUCCAGGAGAAGAUGAGUCCCUUCUUUACGCUGGACCUGAGCCCCACAGAAGAGCAGGCCUGCAAACCCCUCAGCUUCUCACCCAAGACAACCCGAAAGCCCAUCAAAUCUCCACCACUGAGCACAGAACCAAUGUCCUUUGUGCUACCCAGCCGUGUGCCAGAGGCCAUGGGAGGAGUGCCCAGCACAUCCAGGAACUCCUCUGCUUCCAGCUGGAGCAAAGAGAUUGGCAUCACUGAGAUCACAAACAGGUCCCCAACCCAGAUGUCCUUGCCCCUGAAAAACAGUGAAACAGGAACAGGGGAAGGAGCCCACCAAGAGCUGCAGCAUCCCCAGCUAGUGACUGCUUGCAAAGCAGAGUUGCCAGAAGAAGGGGAGAGAGCCAUGCCAAGCAGUCAGAAUAAGACUGUACCCAGUGGACACACCCAGCCAGGAGCAGUUGCCCUCGACUCCCCCCAGGAUCCUGUUCCCGUCAGUUCUGUGUCUCUUAUCCCUCCUCCUCCUCCGAAAAACGCAGCGCGCAUGCUGGCCCUAGCGUUAGCCGAGUCCGCACAGCAAGCAUCCGCCCAGUCCCACAAAAGGCCAGGAGAUGCUCAUGCUGAAAGCACAAAUUAUGGAGAGGCUGAAGCUGGCACAGCUCUAGAAAAGCUCCAUCUCUCUGCGGGCGCUCCCGACAAGCUCCACCUGUUCACUGCUCUGCCCGAGAACCGCCUGCACUUCCAGCCCGGGGCACCUUUAGAGCAGGACUGCCAAGGCACGGCCGGGGAGCAGAACCACCCGCCCGGCGCACCUGGAGGCCAAGAGCCCCCGCCUCUCCACACGGGCAUGCCUGGGGACACGCCUGGCAGCAGGGAUGCGGAGCAGGAGCAGUCCAGCUUCCACCUCAGCAGAGCGGGGGACAAGGAGGCCUUCCCGGCCCACGUGGGGGACUGGGAGCAUGCGGCCCUGCACGGCCCAGGGACACUGCCGGAGCGGGAGCUGCCCGGCACGGAGCAGGCUGUGGAACAGCCCCACCUGCGCGCGGGCCUGGCUGGGGACAAGCUGCACGCUCCCUGCACGGCCGAGGACAAGCUGCAGUCUCCCUCCGUGGGUCCUGCUGGGGACAAGGGCGCCCCAGCCGCGGUGCCGUACCUGAGCACCCUGCCGGGCACAGAGCCCCGUGCCCCGCCCGGGGCCACCCCCCAGGCAGAUGUCACCGUCCCGCCCGCGCCGCGCGCGGCCACGGCCCCGGCACAGAGACAGGAGCACCAGGCAGCCGUGGGACAGGUGCCAGCGGCCAAAGCACCCAGCGGCUCUGGGCAGAUGUGGAACACAGCUACACCUGAAAAGCCUCUGGAGCCCACGCCAGGCUUUGUCUCCGAGAACAGUUCCAGUGCCCGUGGCUCCUCUUCCAUGCCUGCAGGCCACCAGAGCCACUUGGAAAAGCCUCGGGAGAGCACGAGGGCUCCCCCUCUGCACCUGCGCUCUGAGUCAGUCCCUGCCCCCUCCUCCUACAGCUUCACCCCGCCCGUGCCACCCGUGAGGACACUGGAGAGCAAGAUCGCCGCGGCCAUGCACUCCAACAACACGGACACCAUCAACAACUCCAACUACCACUCCUUCCUGGCCUCCUCCAUGCUGGCAUCCUCCGUGGAGGAGGCGCUGCUGCCGCCGCCACCGCCGCCGCCUCCCAAGCACUCGUCCCUGCCGCCGGUGUAUGUGCCGCACCCCAAGGCAGAGAGCCUCCCCGAGCCCGUGGCGCCUGACAGCUACCUGCACACCAAGCACCAGUACCGGCCCGAGAGCGUCCCUGCCCACAGCUACCACGGCAAGGCCGAGCAGCACCAGCCCUACCCGCCCCGCCCGGAGCCUCCCGUCACCGCAGGCGCGCGCUACGGCUCCUACGGCACGCAGGGCAAGGGCUCUGCCACGGGCCUGCACCCCAAGCCCCGCAGCCGCACCGACUUCGUGUCCUCCGUGAGCUCCACGGGGCUGCGGGGCACCGGCUAUGCUGAGGAGGCCCCCCCGUACCCCACCAUCCGCAGGGUGCAGUCGCUGCACGUGCCCGGCCCAGCCGCCGCCGCCGCCAUCCGCUCCGUGCCCAUCUCCCGCACGGAGGUGCCCCCGGACGACGAGCCCGUGUACUGCCCGCGGCCCCUGUACCAGUACAAGCCGUAUCAGCCCCACUCCGACUACCACGUCACGCAGCUCCAGCCUUACUUUGAGAACGGGCGGGUCCAUUAUCGCUACAGUCCCUACUCCAGCUCCUCCAGCUCCCCCUUCUACACCGCAGCCAACGCGAGUUUCUAUGACCUGGAUCCCUACAGCACCGUGCGGGUCCGGCCCUUCCACGGCCUGCCCAGCCGCGAGUUCGGCCCCUACGUGUCCCGGCUGCAGGGCAAGGGGCUGUACCGCUACCCCAGCCUGGCCGCCUACCCCCGGGCAGGGCUCAUUAACCACCUGGGCAAAGAGCACAGCUUUGUGAGCAGGGACGUGCCCCCCGCCCCGGACAUCAAGCACAUGUACAUGUCCUGGGACCUGGAGGACAUGGAGAAGUACCGCAUGCAGUCCAUCCGCCGCGAGAGCCGCACGCGCCAGAAGGUCAAAGGGCCCCUCAUGUCCCAGUACGACAACGUGGCCCCGCUGCUGCAGGACGAGCUGGGGGGCUUGGACGCCGUCCACCUGCGCAGCAAAUCGGAUCCUGGCAAGAGCGGCCUGCUGACAGUGGCAGAAGGGAAGGAGGGCAGGUACCCAGCCAAGGCGGCCACGCCUGAAGGGGACGAGCGUUACUACGGGCAGCACGCGGAGCCUGAGCUGGACCGAGCCCUCUAUCACGGCGGGGGCUACGGGAACGGGCAGCCCGAGAAGCCGUCCUUGCCCCAGAAGCAGAGCAGCAUCCGGAACAGGAAGAUGCACGAACCAGGCAGCAGCAGCGGCGAGCACAGGACGUAUUUGCAGCAGGAAGCCAACCAUAGGCAGCCUUCUGAACCCAAAAAUGGGCCCCCUUACCCUGAGUACAGGCCCAAGGGUGGCCCGGAGCCCUCUGAGCCCAUGGGCUACCAGCACUCGGGCAGCAAGUACAUCCCAGCCAGCCAGGAGACCCUGAGGCUGAACCACAAGGAGGGGAGGCUGGCAGAGGACAGGCCAGACCUGGAGAGGCCCCGAGGCAGAGCGUCCAUGGAGAAGCACUCCAGAGACUGCUACAAGGAGGAGGAGCACGCCGCCCCUCCCGUGGCACCGCCACCCAAGCCCGAGCGGAGCCACAGCCUCCGGAUGCGGGAGCACCCCGAGCCCAUGGAGAGGGACUCUGCCCUGCUGUACCCCUACCAAACCCUGGGCAAGCGCCAAAGCACGAUGACUGUGGUGUCCCAGUACGAUAACCUGGAGGAUUACCAUACCCUGCCUCAGCACCAAAGAGGGGGCUAUGCUGGAGCAGGGGGCUUUGUGCCCCCUGGCUUCCCCCACGUGCACAGCAGAACUUACGCCACGGCGCUGGGGCAGGGAGCCUUCCUCCCCACAGAGCUGUGUCUGCAGAGGCCCGAGACAGAGGUGCACGUUGAGUGAGCUCUGGGGGGGACGAGGGAUAGAGUCUAAGCAGCCUCUGCUGGACAGUGGACUGUUUUAUUUUUUCAGUGACAGUAAAAAACUCCCUGACCCUGCCCAAGUGAGCAAAGCAAAGCCCCCUCAGCCCUCCCCUGGCCCCCACUCACUGUUUUUAUGUAGUAGAGCUAUAGAUUUUCAUGUAGUUUUGAGUCACCUGGGAGGACAGGGCAGGCUGUUGGCACACAGGUGUUGCCAGAGGCCGAGCAGGGCUGACACAGAUGCUGUUGGGACAGGGAGGGAAGGAGUUUUCCCUUCCCAGAAGUGACACUGGCUGCUCCUCCCCACGCCCGGGGUCCCAUGUAUGAUGGGCUGUGCACAAUGGACUGUGCCUGCAGCUCCAUCCUGCUGCAAACUGCCCAUCCCAGGCUGGCUCCCAGGAAAGGGCCGUGGAGGAUCCUUGGAGUUACACAGAGAGAGUGGGGCUGGGCAGGGCUCCCCAGGGAUCCUCUCCUUGCUGAGGCCCUGCCUCUCCUGUGGCUGCACCCACUGCAGCUGCUCUGAGCUGGGUGGGGGCCUGUUUUGAUUUCAAGCCCAAGGAAUAGGCUCUGAAGCCAGCUCAGAACACAACACACUCGUUACAUUUCUUCCUUAUUAACAAGCUGCUUCUGCCUACAAGAAGUCCAUUUCCUUCACAUUUCUCUGUUGUAAGCAGAGGCCAGCUGCAGGAGCCAUGUAGGACAGGUUUGCAUUUCCCACACCAAAAGAAAUAAACCACUAAACUACACCAAACUCGACCCCCAGAGCUGGGAACAGCACACCCAUUCCAUGCCAGUCCUUCCUCUUUGCUGCAAGGUUAUCUGUGGCCCAGAUAAGCUCAUUCCAUCCUGUGGCUGGCAAGACUCUUGUCAUCUCACUGCAAAAAAUACUAAAAAAAUAGAUUUAAAAAAAAGUCUAUAGGAUUAUGUAAAUCAGAGCCCUCCUUGCCAGCUGUGUGUGGCAAGUUGUCUGCGUGAGCAGCUGCCCUGGGCCAGGUCCUGCAGCAAUUCCAUCAGGGAAUGCUCCUGCUGAGCUGGAGGUCUCCAGACUCUCUGCAGCCUCAGAGUUCCUUGCUAGGCAGAGAUCCCUGUGGAGUUGUGGCACACAGGGAGCAGUGAUGUGCCCAGGUGCAGUUCCUCCAGGACUCAGUGAGUAGGAACAGAAGGCCAGUGCACUCUAAAAUACACCAAAAACAGUGUUCAAGCUGUUGAAAAGCUUUGAUAUUGUAAAAACAGCCUGGCAGCCCCUCAUGCUGCCUCUCAGACUCCCCAGGACUCACACCCCCUGUACAAAUAAAGCACAUCCAUUCCAUUAGGUAGGGCUUGCAAGCAAUACUUGAGAUUUAGCAGUUUUUAAAUGUUCACUGAUAAAUUCCAAGGCCAUUCCUGUUCCGUGUGGUUGAAGAACUUCUCUACCUGUUUCAAAUCUCUAAUCUUUUAUGAAAAACCUGGAAGUCCUGCAGUUAGCACACAGGUGCUUAGGUGGGGCUUUUUGAACAAAAAGUUUCAUGGCUAUUUUGGGACUUUUAAAUCCUAAGGAAAGCCUGCUUCUAGUUGCUGACUACUCUGUAGCUUUUUGCUUCCUUUAACCUUGGAGCCUUGUCUGGGGCUGUUUCAGUAACUACCUUCUGGUUAUAUUUUAUUGUGCAAUGCUGGUGUUUUAAGCAUUUUGUUUAGAAGAGUUCUCACAUGUUACGGAACGAAAUCUGGCAGUAAGAAAAAAAGAAGAAAGAAAAAGAAAAAGAGAAAAAGCAGCACUGUGAUCCAGGUUACCACAAUCUCCUCAUGAAGAAUUCCCAGGUAGAGGGGUUGGGGUUUUUGGUGAGGGAAUGCUUUUUGUAGUGUUUUCUUUUAAGGAAAACUGACAGAACUGCACAGAAAGGGACCACUGGGUGAGCCACCCUGUCUCCACUGGCAGUAACUCCCAGGCAAGGCUGAGCUGCCCUGGUUCCUCGGGAGCCAGGCUGGAUUAUCUGUGCUCCCCAGCAGAGCUGUGUUGUGCCAGGACCAGCCUCAGCCCCUGGCUACCUGCCAGGUCUCCAGUUGAAGCAGGGAUAAGUGUUUGGUUCAGGCUAUUUGGGAUUCAGGUAAAGAGAGCUGCAGGUCCAACCUCUCUCUCCGUGAAAGCCUUAACUCCCCCCUGCCCCGCAGCCUCCCCCUCCCUCUGCCUGGGCCUUACGUCAGCCAGGACUAUCCUGCCACUGCGAGGGGCUGCUCCCAGCUCCUGUUCACUGUAAACGCCUCUGGAUUUUCCUGCUUGAAGCCACUGUCUCCCUGUAGAGCCCAAGUGCCAUCCCUGACAGCCUCUGCUCCUCAGUGCUGUGCUGCUCUCCCUGCAUUGUGUGAAGUGCCAGGUGCAAAGCUCAUCCCAUUGGAAACAAACCCUUCAGCACCUUUCCCAAAGGGCUUCUGGAAGUGCAUACCUGUACCCUAGCCCAGAGGGCCGCUGCAAACAGCCUUUUGGGAAUGAGAGGAAGAAGACAGCAGAGCUAGCAGAGAGAGCAGAAACUCUCAGCCACCUCCCCCUUGGUGUGCAGCCACAGCCAGGUGUGCUCCGAGGGUGGAAGCUCUCCAAGAACCCAAACUCAUGUCCAGCACUGCUGAGCCACAGUACAGAAUUUAAAAAGGUGAAGGCACCAGCUUUUCCCAGGUAACACAGACCAAAACCUUUCCGUUAUUGUUUCUCCUGCCCACAGCUUCAGCAGCAUCCUGCAUGACCCUGCCCUGCCAAGCCAUACAGUGAACUAUGCAGUCCUGCUCCUGCUCUGGGCUCAGUCUGCUGGUCCUACAGAGAGUUUUACAUCCUCAUUAACCCCAAAAUUCAUAUGUGAGGUUGGAAAGGGUGUCAUGCAUCAGAACAAGGCAGGCAGGUGACACCAGGAGUCUUAGGUGGGUGAGCUGGAGGACGGUGACAGCCCAGUCCUGUGUCCCAGAGUGGAGAGAGCAGGGGGACAGCAACGCUAAUAAUCCUCUAAUCCAAGUGCAGUUGUGCUUGGGCUCAGUAAUUCUUGCUUGACCACAUCCCCACGAGGUGACAGCAGCUCUGUUCCUCAGCAGUUCCUCACAUGGACUCUAUUGCAUCUAGAGCUGCCACUCCCUCUGUUUCCAGAAGAGGGUCUCCCAGUGCAUGCAGGAAUGAGGCUCCAGGAGUGUGCUCCAGCUCUGGAUUUUCACCUCUGCUUUGGAGCAGGACGUGACCCGCAGGAGCCCUUCCUUGGGAAGGGGAGUGCAGUCAUAGGUGAGUAAUGAGGACUUGGCCCCUAUGAAGUCUUAAGUAAAGCAUUAAUUUCUGAUUUUUGCAGAGUCUUAUCAGGUGAUAUCUAUAUGCAUCUCUGAGAACACCCCCACAACUUUGUGCCUAUGUCUUUGCAGUGAUCCCCCGCCCCUGCUCCCCGCUGGGGGAUCAGUGAGCAUUGCACAGUGGUAGUAAGUUGCUACACAAAACCAAAACCGACUUGAAAACGUUCUGGUCCUCUUUGACCCCAGAAGGGAUAGAACCUCAAGUGUGCUCUGCCAUCCCCCGUGCUGGUGACAGGGCAUUGACUCAAGUGGUGUGUUAAAUGUCAGGAAAUCCGGGUGAGAAGUUGUUUUCCCUCCUUUCGUUGUGGCGGCUUAGGCACGUUCCUGUUCCCCGAGCCCAGAUCCCUGUGAAAGGCAUGGUGUGGUGUGAGCAAGCACCACAUUCCUCCUGUGUGCACAGCCCUGCCUUGUCCAGCUGGGGGGAGGGAGGGGGACAAAAGGGUUGUUUUGCCGUUCAUUUUCCUGCUGUAGAAGACUUGAUUUUUCUUUCCCUGAGCCGCAUGAGAGAAACAUCCCAGAAAGUCUUGGGUUACCUUUGGAGUUCCCUUCACUUUAAUUUAUAGAGUGUCUUUUUUUGUGAACUGGUGUAAAAUGUAUAUGCUGACAAGCUCAUGUAUUUUUAUGUAAAUAUUUUUUGUGGUUCCCCACUUGCCCUUCUCUGUAAAUAUUUAGAAUUCUCAUAUUCUUCUCACCUUGUAUGAUGCAGAUGUGGUUUUGUUUCUGUUUUUUAUUUGUACUGUAAUGCAACAAUCCAGACUGAGGUGUCUUGUGGUAUUAAACAAAAGCAACAGUCCCACUGAGCUCACACUCAGAUGUGCAACUUGACAGCAUUAAUCAAGCCAGGUUAAAAACUA